AAAGUUGUUUUCCCGCGGAUUUGAUAAAGUUUAGUCUUCCGGGUGUGUGACAUUGAUAAGUUUAGUUAAUUUAUUGAAAUACAUUAUUAUUUUGUUUUAUUAUUGUUUUACAUUGUUGUCAAAGUUAGUCGACAAUUUUUAGAUGAAAAUGCACUUUCUACAACAAAUGAAAUUUGUGUGAAUAUGUAUAAAGUUCUCUAAAGGUUAUGUGUCAAGUUUAAACACGUCAAACAUUAUUACAUUCGAAGUUUCUUUGUGUCUUCAUCAUUGAAUCUUCUUUAUGAAAGAACAAUAUUUUUGUUAAAUAUUCUUGGUGUCCUUGAAUUUAAAGUAAACUAAUAAAUUAUGGAGGAGCCUGUUAAACCUGAGGAAUGCGACAUAGAAAUGGUUGCGGUACCGAAAAAAAAGACUUUAAAGCAAGCACGAUUAUCAUUUCAAAUGUUGAGUUCCGCGGAUUCACCAAACGUCAACAAGAAACGUAAACUUGCGUCUCCAACUCUCAUCGAAUGCAAAAGUCCCAAAUUAUUAAAAACAACGAACAAAUUAAAUUCAUUUGAAUCGACAAAAUCGAAUGUAACGGAAAUUAUCGAUCUCGAAGCGAACGAUGAUAAGGCUGGUGAAAAAUUAAACGAGAAAGAAGCCAAUGAAACAGUCAACAUUGAAUCGUCAGACAUUAAAACUACUCCGAAAUCGAAAAAAACCGAUGAGAAAUCGGCGGUUAAACUGGGAUCGCUUACACGUUUUCUCACCAAAACUGAGAGUAAAGACUCGCCAAAAAAUAAGUCUGAAUCACUUAAGGAAAAUGUAAAACCCAAAUUGACAAGUAAUGAUGAAAUUCCCGAGAAAGUGGAUGAGACGAAAAAAUCCAACGAAAUUGACAUCACUUCGGAAAAUACAAAAAUUUCACCGACAGAAACAACAAAAGUGGAUAUAGAUAAUACAGAGGAAAGUGAUGAAGAAAUUGAUCAAGAACAAGAUAUGGAUGUUUCGAAAUACGAAUCCGACACUGAAAGUUCGGAUGAUGAUCAAAUGACGGAUAAUAAAACAGAUGUCGAUGAAUCCGAGGAGAAGAGAAAAAAUAGCGACGGUAUAAAAACACCUCGCACAAAAAGGGACAUUGAUAUGAAACAAAAGAAAAUGACACCAAAACAAUUAGAGAAACAAUUGGAGAAGCAAAAGCGAAAAGAUGAUAGAAAAAAAUUAAGACUGGAAAGAGAAAAGAAAAGAGACGAGGAACGAGAAAAUCGUAAGAGAUUAAAGGACGAAAAAAAGAAAGAGAAGGAUGAAAAGGAAAAAGCCGAGAGGGAACAAAAGAAAAAGGAGAAGGAAGAAAAGGAAUUAAAGAAGCAAAUGGAAAUUGAACAAAAGCAAAGAGAAAAGGAGGCGAGAAAAGAGGAUCAACGAAAACGUGAAGAAGCAAAAGAGGAAGAAAAGCGGAAAAAAGAAGAAGAGAAACUAGAGGCUGAACGUAAAAAGCAAAAAGCUGUUUCAAGUUUCGUUAGUUUCUUUGUUACAAAAAAGCCAGCAGAAUCAAAGACUGAGCAAAUUACGGCAAAGACAAUGAAUUUUAUGCCAUUUGAAGUGAAAGCCGAUAUGAGAAUUGCACCAGUUUGCCGAAGAACUAUAACCAAUGAAGAGAGGGAGAAAUUUGACGAAAAUUGGGAAAAACAAUCAUUGGAUAAAUCUAAAUUGUACUUGGGAGAAAUAAAGAAUAAAGAAGUCCCGAGGAGAAAAUCAGGUAAAACUUGGCCACCGAAGACAAAAGAGGAAGAAGACGAUGAUGACGUUGUAAUAUUAGAAAGCGAUGACAAGGAGGAAAAUUACAAUGUUGUGGAUCGAGGAAAUGUGGCUGUGGAGAAGCAUCGUGCAAAGUUGCUGAUGUUCAAUGAAAAUCGACGACCUCCCUAUCGAGGAACUUGGAGAAAGAAAAGUUCUUUAAUCACCCCUCGAAAACCAUUCACAAAGGAUGUGAAAUGGUUUGACUAUGAAGUUGAUUCCGAUGAAGAGUGGGAAGAAGAGGAACCUGGAGAAUCUCUUCACGGUUCUGACGACGAAAAAGAUGAAGAAAAUCCUGACGAUAAUGAAUAUGAUGUCGAUAAUGAAUUUAUGGUGCCUCAUGGAUAUUUGUCAGAAGAAGAGGCACAGGCAGAGGAUGACGAGGAUAUGAAUCCGGAAACACAGAAAUUCAAACUGAAAAUUUUAGGCGAACAAUUUGAGGCGGAAAGAAAUACAAAAACUGCUAAACUUAAGCCUAAAGUUAUUGGUUGUAUAUGGCAAAAUUCUGAUAAUACGUACGCUUCAAAUAUUCACUCUCAAGUUCUACAAUUGCUGAAAGAUCGUGAAAUUUGGACCAAUGAAAUACCAAUAAAUUUGCAAUCGUCACCCGAUAAUGAGAGUCUAAAUGGAAGUGAAUGCGGAACACCGUCUGGAAGAAUGAAUUCAGGUCCUGGUGCUAAAAAGACCCGCGUUCCCGAGGAAGCAGUACCCGAUUUAAUUCGUCUAGUGCAUGGAAACGUCAAUGGUCGAGGAUUUCUCAUUAAAGAAUUCAUGUGCUUCUGGACAAAGAAGAAUGAUCUUCGCGUCUCUAAAGUAAGUCUCUCAAAAAAAAUUCGCGAAAUUGCGAGAUGGACAGCGUGUCCCGAGGAGGGUCCAAUGCAUCAGAAGAAUUGUUGGUUCGUCAACGAGGAUGUACGUAAAAAAUAUUUAAACUCCGAAGAUUGUAGUUUGCCGAAUCGAUGGAAUUAUAUUUUAACGCCUAAGAAACGAAUCGAAGUGGCUGCUGAUCUCCAGGAAAAAAUUGAAAAAGACGACAAGGAAAGGGAGAAAGAGAAAAAGAGCGUUCCACUAAUUACUCAGUUUACCAAGAAGUUCACUCAGGAAGAAAUGAAGAAACAACUGUCGGAGGUACCAGCAACAAAAUCAACACCGAACGUAAAUAAAAAACGAGUCGCAUUGAUUUCCGUUGGCAGAGGUGAAAAGUUUCCCAAAUCUCCACGAAUGAGUUUACUCAACAAGUUUAUGGUCGGCGAUAAUGCAAAUAAUGCAACCACCACAAAGAAAAUGGACGAUGACAUUAUAAUAUUAGAUGAUGAUGAGAAAAAGGAGGAAAACACUACCGAACAGGAUGAAAAAUUACAAAACAAGGAAGAAACAAAGGUGGAGAGUUCAGAAAAGAAAGAAACAAAGGUGGAGAGUUCAGAAAAGAAAGAAACAAAGGUGGAGAAUUCAGAAAAGGAGGAAAGUAACGAGAAAAGAAAAAACACAGAAGCAGAAUCAGAAGAUGAUUGUAUAAUGAUCUUGGAUGAAUCAAACGAAGAGAAAGACACUCGGAAAAGUGAAGAAACAAAUCUAGAUAUUAACGAAAAAAAAGUUAGUCCUUCAAAAAUUGUCAACGACAGUGAAGAACUUGAUCAACUUGAUCAUCAAGAAUCUAAAAUGGAAACAUCAACCACUGAAUGAUAUUAAAUUAUAAAAAGACUUUUUAGGCAAGAUCAGUUAUGAGUUUAAAAAAAAAGAAAAAUGUCAGAAAGCUUUUCAAAAAUUACUGACACGAUAAAUUACUUUUUGUAUAUUACGUGUGAGGUGAUUUUUUAGAGUAACGAUCAUAAUACAAUGUAAGUUACUAUAUUUGUUAAUUAUAAUUUACGUCGCGGAACGUAAAUUGUGUAUUUCAUUUGAUAAUAAUUAUUUUUCCAGCUUCUCAAGUUAAUAUGUUCUACAAACGUCAUUUUAUGUUAUUCAUUUUUUUUUCUUUUAAUUGUAGAUUAAAAUCAAAACUUGUUUCCAAUUAUUUAGAUUUUUAACUUUACAAGCUUAAUGCAGUCAUUUUAUUGCUUUUUUGUAGUACUCGUUACAGUAUAGUAAUUAUAUACUCAAAUAUUUCUGGGAUAUUUUUCUCAUUUAGAAAUAAUUUUAAUAGAUUAUCAUAACAUCAAUAGUUAUAAAAUUAUCUUUGUGAUAUCCAAUUAAUGUUAUUGACAUAAACCUGAUUAUUAUAAUAUUAAAUUUCUAGACAAUA